AUGUGCCCUCUCCAGCUCCUGUUCCAGGCCAGCCCUGCCGCCCUGCUCCUGCUUCUGUGCCUGCAGCUGGGGAUCAGCACAGCCCAGGAAGACACUCGGAAGGCGCUGAUAGUCAACAUGGAGAUGCCGAAGACGGCACGGGCAGGUGAAGUGGUCUCCUUGAAACUUAAAGUCCAAACAGAACUGAGAGAAUGCAUGGUGAUUAAAGCUUACAUAUUGACCAGCAAGCCAAUGAAGGGUCCCUUCAACUAUACAUACACUGCCUGUCUCUGUGAAGAUUACCCAAGAACAUUCUUCUGGGACAUCCAGACCAACAGUACCCUACUCGUUGCAGCAGGGGUUGGUAUUACUCAGGAAAAAAAUAUCUGCCCUAACGAUGAUGCAGUGAUACCUAUCAAAGGAGGUCAGGUCUCUAAAAUCAGUACCCUGUUCAUAAAAUACAACAUAAUGUCAGUGGCUAUCAGCACUGUGGAGAAAGACCCAAAUGAAUAUUCGGUAACAUUGACAGUCACAAACAAUAUGGAUAAACCCAUGGUGGUAAGUGAAGAAUUUGGUGGCAGCACUGAAAUUGUAGGGACUGCUGAAGUUGUGUCAGAUGAAAAUAUAUGCCCUCCUGGUGAGGAACAGUACGCUGCAGUCGGCUAUCAAGUGUCUACUGCUCUCAGUAUCUAUUAA